GUUUUUUUUGCUCCUUCGCGAGCAGUCGUGUCCAAUAUGGCGUGCGUGUUGUGAGCGAUGUUAAUGUGCAGGUAGCCUCCUGCUCUUAUUAGAUGGACACACAUUCCUGCAAAUAAGGAGAGAACAAUGUAAUCACGCAACAACAUAAGAAAAACAAUGUACAAUGAACUACAAUGGAAAUAUGCCAGAUUGGCAUCAAUAUAAUCCCUCGCAGUCAGGAAUAAACGACGUAACAUCCACUGCUCAAAAUGUCAAUUCGGGACACUUAUCGUUUAUCUCCAGUAUCAGUCCAACCUGUCCGACACAGCUGAACAGUUUGAAUCUCAGCAGCGAGGGAUUUGAGAAGCCACACCAAAGUGAUCCUAAUUUCAAUCCGAGGCAUUUCCAGCCACAUUUGCCCAGUAACAUCUCCCAUGGGCACAAUGCAGCCGCUGACAAUACCCCUCUGGCGUCCAUGGUGCAAAUGCAGAACUGCAUUAAUCACUACGGACCUUCGAAUACAAGAAAUCCCAUGGUGGAUAAUCCUAUGGAUCCGAGAAACGCUCCGAUGGGCGGUUUGAACGAAGAGCUGGGCUACAGGAAUAAUCAGGUGCCUUUGAACGGGCCUAUCUCCCAUCUCAAUGGACCGAACGUGAUGAAUAUGAACCCGCCGCCCCACGGAUCCAUAGGACCACCACGAAACACCAACGUGAAUUCUCACGCCGCUGGCAGAACAGCGGGUCCGCCGCCGUCCUUCGUUCCCUGCAAAGCAUUGUGCUGCAAUCCGGACCCUAACAUGAGCUACCAGCAAUGGGAGAAGUACUGCUCCUAUCAGAACAACCCGACCUACAGGGACAACAUGCGCCCGUCCGCCGGGUAUCAACCGGACGCCCGAAGAUUCAACAGCGACUACAACAUCAGAAAGGACAAUUUCGAGGGUAAGGAGACCCUAUCUCCCGUCGUGCCUCCGCCUAACGGACCUAACGCGGAUCACCGGAGGAAUUUUCCCGACUUCAAGUAUCGCAAGGAUCGUAUGCUCUCGCGAAACUAUCCUCCGCCUUCCUCGGGAAUGCUGCAGAACUAUCCUAUGCAGGGCUACAAUUACACGGGGGAGUAUCAGAAGUAUCCCUACAACGUCAAGGAAUAUUCCAAGAUGAGCGGGAUGAGUGUACCGAGUCAGGGGAUGGUGAAACAUCAGGAGCAGGGCUUUGCGAUGCCCCAGCAGAAGCAGUCCUACAGCAGCAAGCAGGUAUCCUAUCAAAGCAGCGGCGGUACCAUGAUGAGCGGGAUGCCUUCUACCACGAGCGUGCAGAAUCCGAGCAUGAUUCCACCCGCGCAGAAUACCUACUUCAAUUCGCAGUACCCAAGGAACCUGCCUACGGAGAGCACGACGCACGACUGUCAGGAGACCACCGCCGCCGACAACGUAUCCAUGGUGAACAGAAUGCAGGCGUCGGCCAUGCACGCUCCUCCGCCACCUCCUAACUCGCGAUACCAGAUAUACCAGCAAAAGAUCGCGAUGCAGAGAUUCUCGAUGGAGAACAAUCUCAGGGAGCUCUCCAGGAUACCCGGAUACCAGUCGCAUCCCAAGUACAAGGAGUGCGUUCACAGGUACAGGGAAAUAAUGAAGCUGCAGCAGUCCAUCACGUAUCAGGGUCCGAUCCAGCAGACUCCGCCUUGCGUCACCGCGUCCACCGUCAACGCUUCCGCAAAUAUUCCGCCUAUAAACCUGCAGUUCGAUCAGAACGGGGUUCUGAUUAACUCCAACUACAUGCCCGAGGCUUUCCCCAGGAUACAACAGGCACCGCCGAUGAAUCCUCAGGCUCCGCAGUUGGACAACUCGCCGGAUAAGCAAGCGAGCAAGCAGGACGGCAACGGGGUCCCCGAAAUGGUGAACCACAACGUUCAGAAACCGGAACGACUGAUCCCGCAGCAGCAUAACAACGGUCUUGCAGCGCCUGCUGCUCUGUACACGGAGGCGAAUGUACCGAAGCAGGACGGGUAUCCUGCGCAGAAGAGCCAGUUCGAGGUGCAGAAGACUCCGGGCAGCGACGGCUUCAAUAAUACCCUGGAUACAAACGCGGGCGAUGGCACUGCUAUGCGACAGAAAAUGUCCAAGGAGCUCGCGGACAAGCCGGAGCUGGACGUGCGACAGUUCCUGGCUACCUGGGAUGAGUCCGAGGACGAGGACGGCGCGAGCAACAACUUAUCGAACGCCAUCCUGAGCGACUCGACGUCGGUGGUGGUAGUGGGCUACGAGAACGUGAAUCUCUCGGCGAAGACCCUGGAGGAUCUAAGCGGCAGCAAGUCUGAAAUCACCUCGAAUGUGAUAACGUUCGAGAAUCGAGACAAGACCGGCAACAUCGACGUGGUCCCCGCCCAGGACUGUCUGACGAUAUCCUACUCGUCCAAGGACUCGACCUGCAAGGAGAUCAUCUCGAAGGAGAACAUCGUAGGACCCGGGAGCCACAUCAUACAGUGCAUCAGCAACGGGCCCGACGAAGUCCCGACGAUCCACAUAGUCGAUAAUCUCGAGAUAGGUAGUAUUUUGCAGGUCGCGAACGGUCAGACGGUCGCCGGGACUCUGGAGGGCCAGGAAGCGGUGUCAUUCUUCCGGGAGGGACCGGAAGUCGCGGCGAGCUCGAUGCCGACUCUCGUCGAGGUCGUCAAGAAAACCGAGGUCGGCAAGUCCGACGUCGAGGCCGAGUACAACGCCGAUCUUGGAGGUCUAACGAGCAAGGACAUCGUCGAGAGUUCGUCUUCUCCGAAGACGGUGGAGGACACCUCGCGAACGUCGCGGAUAAACGACUCGGAGAUGGUCUCGGCCGCCCUACCUACGUCUCUGAAGGACAACAACGUCCUGGACGCCGCUCAGGACAUGAAUCUGAAGAAGCAGAGCAGUUUCGCGAGCGAGGAAUCUCAUAAUCCGGACGACAUAAGCCUGCCGGAUCUACCCACGUCAGAGUGCACCCCGAUCUCCACCACGUUGAACACUCCCAUUCAUUCGGACAACGAGGAAUCGUCCGAGUCCCGUCGUGGCAGCGUCGACGAUCAUCUCACGAUCCCGACGAACCCGAUAGAAAUCAUACAAAACAGUCCCAUGAUCAGUUUCACGCAGUCGCCAACGAAGGGAGAGCCCUACGAUCACUUAAGCGACGAGCAGAACAAGUCAAUCGACUCGUCGGAAGGUGAAUAUCAUCGCCUGGAGAAUCAUCAUCAUUUCAAGAACGACGGAGGUAACAACAUACUCGAUCACGAGGCCGUUCUGGGCACGUUUGAAUUUUCCACGAAGAGUCUGCGAAAAAACGGCAAGGAACGUCCGAGGACGAGUGAAAAUAAUUCGAAAAACGACAAUAGCGAGAAAGUGUUCUCGUUGGACGAUGAGGCGGAAAACGCGACCUCCGGAAUACGAAUGACUCUGACCUCUGCGGGCGAGUAUGAAUUAAAGAUCGUGGGAGCGGCAGGGACGCAGCAGAACAAACCCGCGAUACGAGAUUAUAAAAAUUCAACGACCAACGAAUCUCAGGCCGUCUCCUUGACCAGCCCGGAUGCUCGUAAACAAUUACAAGCACUUCCGGAAACGAGCGCGAAGGCCACGCUUCGAUAUGCCAACUCGAUGGAGCUGAAUAACAUUGCAUUGCAAAGUGUCACGAGCGAGCCGGACUCCGUUGACCUUGACCGGGACGUUAAUUAUUCCGAAAAAAGAUCCACUUGUCAAAGAGAUUUAUUAUCGACAAAUGACGUCGCGUCGAGAAAUUCCAGAUCGACCGUAGAAGAUGAUUGCACGAAGAUGACGAAAAGUACGAAACAUUCGAUCUUGAGCGGCGACAAGUUGAGACAGUUUGCGAAGGAGGGUUCCCCUUCGGAGAGAAAAUCAACAACGGCGAAAGACUCGAAAUCUUCUCGACGCGAGACGCAGGAUCGGAAGAAGUCGAUUUCGGAUAAGUUAUGCAGCGGAACAGUUGUACAUCACAAUAAACAUACUCAAGGAAAAUUAUGCUCCGUCGAUAAUCUCCGAGAAUCCAAGGUUUCGCGUAAUAAUAAACCAAGGGUGAUCGAGAACGUCAGCCUCGACGACGGCGGAGAGAGACUGCGUCUUCUGAAGGAAUACAGAAGAAUGAAGUACAAAUCGCCCGCUGAGCGGUUGCAUAAGAAUAAAGAAGACUUGGAUUAUGCAGCGAGGAAGAAGCUUCAUUCUUCGAAUCCUGAUGAAGCAUUGUUACAAUCACCGAGCAAUAAACAGGCGUAUCAGAAGGAUGUGGCGAGGCUGAAGUCGUCCGAGGAGCAAGAGAGGAAACGCGCUAGAGGAAGUAUCCUGAAGAAGUUCGUGGCUAAGAAUGUAAACCCCGACUUUGCCAUUCAAGUUACGAACGUUAACUUGAAACUGAAAGAUAAUAACGAUCAUCAGAAUGAAUUGCAGGAUGCGGAGGAGGAGGCGAAGACCAGCGGCUCUUUGGACGCGAUCAAGAUCGAGAUAAACGUCUCGUGCACGGAACGGAACACCACGGAGAAGCUGCUGCAUGAGAAUAUCAAGAAUGCCGUGGCCGAAACGAUCGGCCACCUGACUCAUUCGAUCUCGAACGGACCCAGAUCGAAUUCGACGAGUUCGAUAACCGAGAUUCAGUGCGAGAAGAAGUCUAUUUGCGACAAGGACUACGAGAGACGCAAUCGAUCUUCAGCUGUCUCACCGGAAACCUCUAUCGAGGAUCCAACCAACGCGGAAGUGGUCAAACACAACGCGAUUAGCACCAAGGAAGACUCGACCAACAAUGACGACACAUCCGGCUCGCUUAAGAAGAGACGAGGCUCGUUGUUGAAGGAAGGAGAAUUAAUCAAUGAUGUAUACGAAGAUAAAGGUAACGUCGAUCCCGAAGUUGAGUCGGAGAUCUUGGAAACUUCGAAAGCAGAGCAGACAACAAUCAGAAAAAGAAGCCUGCAUGAAGAGUCGGACAGGAAGGUCGCUGCUAUCAAUUUCUGCAGCGAGGAAUUGAAGACCUCGUCGGACAAUAAUGCUCCAUGCGUGGAGUCGAGGAAUGUAAGCAUUCAGAAGAAGGAGCAUCAGGAGAUGACUUCUUCAUGCAGGAGUGCGAGAAGCUUCCAGGAGGAUGUAACGUCUAGAUUAAACGCGAUCCCGUCGACUUCUUCGAGCACGGUGGAUCCCAGCUUGGAGAACGCCAGUUACGAUAAUUCCGCGCAUUUCGAUUACAAUCACAUUGACGUUGCUGCGAACGAGAACGCGGACGCCAGAGAUGCGAAGCGUCCGGACAGGUGGAAGAGGUCGAAGAGGGACGACGGUAGAUAUGGGGACAACUUUGACUUGUACGAGACCGCGAGCGGGUAUGUAAAUCCGAGCUUCUUCAGCGCGGACGAAGUGGAGAACUUGAAUACGGUUCCUGUGUACACCACCAAGGACGGCAAGAUCACUUACAGUCCCAAUCCCCGAUUCACGUAUCGCGAAUUAAUCAUGGAGGCUCGCGGGAACGAGAAUUACGACAAUGGACGCGAAUCCUACUUCGCGAGAUCUCCGUCCUACGAUUAUUACAACUGUUCCAAGCUACGGAAGGUAUUCAAGAGGAACCGCGACGUCGCUUCCGGGAGAAAGAGAGAGAUCUCACCUGUCGAUCAAACCAAAUCUGCGGCAAGACACGUCGAUCAUCCGCCGAAUAAGAACGCCAAAAGUGCUCCUUGCGCUUCUUCGAAAACACCCCGAAGUACGUCGCAUCUAGAGUUCUUCAACGACGACGCGGACAAGUUGUACACGAACAGGAGCAACCAACCAGACAGCAAGGAAGGUAACCGGAAGAAUAUCGUGGAUCUGAGCUUUCUCGAGAAACAAUACAACCUGGACAACGAAAAUUCUAGCGUGAAACCUUGCAAGUCGAAAGCGUUGACGGAUAAUCUCGAAAAGGGUCACAGCGAGAGCUCCGCGUUCGAGUCGAAUUUAUUCCUGGCACCGAGACCACCCAUCUGGGACGAGACUAUGGAGUCGAUCAAGUCGUACUCGUCCCACGUCGACAGGAGGAACAGCGACAAUCUCAAGGAAUUGAACUUCAGCGAGAUCUUCGCCACGCAGAAGCUGGAUUCUCUCUCGUUCCUGUCCGCCGAGCAAAACUACUCUUCCAACAUCAGCAGGGCACUUUGUCCCACGUCGAACGAGCCGACAAUGCACGAUCGUCCUACAUCCGACUAUGUCGAUGAGCUAGAUUCGAUCCGAGACGACGUUUCGCAGGGCGAAGUACACUUGGAUAUUGACUCGCGCAAUAAUAAAGAAGGAAAUGAAUAUAAUAAUCGAGACGAUGCGUUAGCAAGAGACGUUUAUAAUAAAUCGCCAGACACGUCGUUGAUAAUGCAACGAAACGAUGAAUACACAACGAAGCAGAAAACUCGAUCCGAUGAAGUUAAGUCCAACGAUUUGUUCAUCGAAAAGGAAGAAUCUUCUUCUAAAGUCGCGGAUGAGAAAGCCUGCGAUUUGGAAAAAGAUCAAGAUUCUAGGAAUAACGUUGAAGACGAGGAAGCAUCGGUAAGAUCUCGCGUGGUUGAAGACGAAACUCGCGUUUGUUGUACACCUGCUUCUCCAAAGGAAGAUAAAUCCGACGCAGUCGAGGAUGCAAAUGCGAAACAAGGCUCGGAUGAAAGUCGCGUCGAAGUCGCAAACACAUCCGAAUUGAGCGCAGAGUCAAAAAAUAUGCUCGACGAAUCAAAAUGUGCAGAAGUGGUGAAAGAUUCUACGCUUACUUUAGAUAAACAGGAAGACAAAGUCAACGAUUCGGCGAAGGAUAGUUCGGACUCACCUGCAGAUGAAGAAAUUGUACCUCAACACGAUCCGUCGACCCCGAUUGAUCGCGAAGACAGCGAGAAGGUUGCAGUAGAAUCCAAUAUUUCGACGGAAAUCGAUCAAACGAAUAAUCAACAAGAUGAACAAAAUUUUACAGUAUGUAAAUUAAACGAAUCAAUUACCCCGCAAAAGAAUCCAUCCGACGUUGCAUCCGUAGAGCAACCGCUCGACGAAGAAGAAAGUGACGAGCAGCAAAAGCCGAAAAAUGAUGGAGCACAAGAAACUGAAGAUUAUGAAGAACCUUCGAAGGAUGAAGGAAUCGACGAAGUGGAUCACUGCAGCAACACAAUAAUAACAUCUACAUCUACUGUUCCUUUGGAUCUUCCUGCGGAUGAAGGCAAUAUUUGCGAUUUAUUCGCGAAUGAGAAGCGCGAACAAAAUAUAUCCGAGUUUACCGUCAUCAAGAGCAUAAUUAACGGCGAGAAGAAACGGCCUCGAGAACCCGAAGAGACGAAGGAGAAGAAUCCCGGGGAUUGCGACAUCAGCAUCGACUCCAAGUUACUCUGCAUCGACUCUUCCGACUGCGGGAUUUACUCGGAGGACAGGUGUCCCCUGGUGCAGAUGUCUGAGCACGCCUCCGAGGAAGACAGCAUGGUGCCAAUGGAAUGGGAGACCAGCCAGAUUCAGGAGGAUGCCGUCAACCGUCUCUGCAGCAUCGACGAGUCGUCGAUCGACUUUACAGGUACAACCAGUCCGCUGCAUGGAGCCAGCAACUCGUUGCUGGACAAUCUGUCCCUCUCAAGGACAUCGAUCGUCAAGGAGUCUCGAGUCUUCGAGGAAGGGAUCGCCGAGAUUGCGAGCAAACCGAACGACGAGUCCAACGUAUCAGUUAUCGAACCGACGACCCAGGAGGUGGCCAGAGCGAGCCCGACUAGCAACGACGUGGACAAGGAGCAGGAUCAAGUUUCUUCCAGUAGUUACGAGAAGGUGGCGUACCUGCGAGCGACAGACUGCAACGCCAACACGAAGAUAGUCCCCAAACUCGUGAUCAAGAAGAGCGAGGUUCAGAGUUCGAAGUUCAUCUCGAAGGUGGGUACCUCUUCUCUUCCACAGCUGGACAGUGUAAUUAAUAAAUCGCCCUUUAAACCGGGCUGUCAACCGAAGAUACCGAAGAUGAUCAUCAGAAAUGCGAGGUCUCGCCCGGGUACGCCGUCCAUCGAGGCCGUUCACGAGGAAGCACCUGCUCAAGCGAAUAUCUCGGAUCGGAUCCUGCUUGCGAACGAAGAACCAACAUACGAGAACGAUUCCGAGAACUCUCUGCAAGAUUCAAGUAGCUACAGAAACAAGAUUCCCAAGAUGAAGAUCAAACUGGACGAGAAGCAUUCGAAUAAGAUCGUGAGAGCCGAGGACACUACAGAGAUGAAACGUAAAAGCCUGAAGAAAACCGUACCCAAGGUCAAGAAUUCCUCGAGAAACGAUCUGUCGGAGAACUCGGUUUGCAGCUCAGUCUCUCAAGAAUCCAAAGACCCAGGAAGAUACGAGGAGAAGAUACCCGUGUUGAAACUGAAGAAGCAGGAGAGAAACAGAUCGUCGUCCCCGGAGGUGACGGGACGGAAGAGGCAGAGCUCGUGCCACCCGGAAGUACCAUUCAAGAGGAAGAAAUCGGGACGCGACGAGGCUGGAUACUCGACGAGACGCAGCAGCUCCUCUGAUUCCAUGCGAGCCACCUCUUCGGAAUGCGAAACGAGAAAGAAUCCCUUGGUCUGCAUCUCCGAGAAGAUUCCCAAGGUCAUCAUCAAGAGAGCGUCCGCCAGUGCGGAGUUCAAAUGCGAACUGAGCAAGGGCUGCAAGAACGUCAUCGCCAAGAGCGCUAAGUGGCAACCUGAGGUCAAGCUGGAGAGAUAUCGGAUUCUGGACAGCAUGGUAAAGGAAUUGAAGUUAACUCUGUCCCCCAUUUCGCUGCAAACUAUAGACCAGAUCUUCUCGACUCCCAAGGAGGUCGGCCAUCGUCGGGAGCAGAACGGCGACCACAAGUUGUCUAGGUCGAACUCGACGUCCAACCUGCUUCCGGCCAAGUGUAAGCAGAGGAGAAUGUCGGAUUACGAUUACAGGAAGAGCAACGACACGUUGAGUUUCGCCUCACCGUCGCGAGAUACCGGGGAUGUUAAGUUAUGCACGACGCCGAAGAAGAAUCGAGGUCACGGAAAGUCGAUCGUCGACGAGUGUCAUGGAAAGGACAGGAGCAAACGUAGAUCGAGGUCUCGCGAUAACCAUCCACGGCCGGAGGCGGACAUUCCUUUGUCUGAUAAAGAGAUAAGUCGAUCGUUCGAGAGAUCCAGCUCGGAGAAGAAGAUCACUUUGCAAUGCGAGGAACCCAAGUCUGGUAGUUUCGUCACAAAGGCGGACGAGGACACAAUAUUCUCGACGAGCGAACUCGACGAGAAGAAUCUUUCCAAGCAUAAUCACUCCAUGGACUUUAAACUCGCGUUGAAGGAACUGAAGACGACCUCUUCUCUCGUAAAAUUGUCCGAUCUGAAGGAGUCAUCUGAUAAAGAACCAAACGAUGCUGAUGACGAAGAUGAGGAUGAUGAUAAUGAUGAUGUUUUCUUGGAUAAGGAUGCUAACGAUAAAAUCGUGAUAAAGAAGGAACGACUGAAUAAUUCCGACGAAUGCACCUUGCAAGACGAUCCUGCGAGUGUGUCGGGCAAUUUUGAGGUGGACAACAACUCGGUGAUUAAAAUCGAGUCCUCGGACGAGAGUCAAUCUACGAUAGAGAUCCUGCCGGCUUCGCCGGACGCUUCUGGCGAGCUGGAGAACCACAUGAUCGACGACGGUGACAGCGAGCAGUUGUAUUCGGCCGAUGCGAUCCCAACCCAGUUUGAGUUGGAGCUGGAGAUUGCGGACACGGAUCUGCUGGAUGUUCCUAUGCCGAAGCUGGACCCCAUCACCGAUUACAGUUUGCGUCGCGCGUCCACGGAAGAGUCUCGCGACGAUCAGAAGACGAUCAGAAGUUGCAAUAUAUUUGAGACCUCGUCUCGAAGCAGCAAGGGCUCGCCGAGGGAUAAACCCCUCGUGGAAGUUGACAUCAAUACUAGACCGAUGUCGGAGAACGCAAACUCGGUGGACUCCAUCAGGGAGAUUUCUUCGAGAUCCUCGUGCGACAAGGCGGUAGCUUCUACCGCCGUGACGAGGGAAAAUUUCUGCUGCAACGAUUCUUUGAUCAAAGAAGUCCUGGCGGCUAAGGAGACCUUGAAGAAGUGCCUUUCGAAAUCCCGAUGCGAGAGCCAGAACGGCAACGCGAGGCCGAAGACAGCCGCGGAGAAAAAACAAGGCUCGAGCUUUGAUCUCAACAGUCUCUCGGAGACGACGUGCUCGAACGACGCUUCUUUCCAGGGCUGUCCAAAGGAUGUUACGUCGCAGAAGGGCUCUACACCUGCGGCCAGUAGAUCCGACAAGACUGAGAAUAUAUCUAGUACCGAGAAGUCUGACAAGAAACAUUCCAAACAAAGUAAGAAUUCCUUCGUGAAGAGGAAGACCAAGUCGCCCGAAAGAGACAAGGCGGAUACCAAAGAGAAGACGACGGAGGACACGCGUGAAUGCACUACGAUAUCCUUAAAGGCUCUCAAACAAUUCGGCAAAGCUUUGUCGAACGAGAGCUUAAUUCGCAAAACGAUAUACUUGAGCGAGAAGAGGAAGAAGGAUCCAACAAAGGAGCCAAGUGACGAUGUUCAAUCGCAGGAGCCACCACAAAGGAAGGAGAAUAAGCUUGCGUUUUACAAGAUUCCCAAAAUUUCCAAGUCCACGGAUCAGAAGAGCGAUAACACGAAGGAGAUUAAGAUCAAGGAGGACAACAUGCCGAUAUUGGAACCUGAAAUCACCGUGAAUUUCGACACCAGUUGCGACAGAGAUAAUUCCCGAUCGCCUCCGGUCAUCACCAUCCAAGAUAACGAAGAUCUCGACGUAGCAGAAUCCAAAUUGAUGGACGACAAAGUCAUAAGCGAUAAGAUCGAGGACGUCGCGAAGGACGUUAACGAAAAGAGCGAGAUGUCUGUCGCCAGUUUCAUAACUCAAUUAGCUUAUCACGAGAAGGCAACGAUAAAGCACAGACGGUAUUGUAAUCUGUGCGAGAGGUGGUUCCCGACAACGUCGCGGCAUCGUCGGCACCUGGCUGGAUACCAACAUCGUCACAUAGAAUUGACCCAACGUAGAAGCAUUCACGCACUAUUCAUGCUCUUCACGGGCAAACCCUGUCCUAGGCUACUGCCGGCGAAUGUCGCGAGAAACGACUGCUCCGUAGGUGAAUUGACACCGUUACAAAUUGCGGUACAGGAUGUUAUAAAUAGUUUCGACUGUACGCAACAAAGUCCUAAAAAGCAGAAUGACGUUGACAAAAAAUAAUGAAGUUAUUUGAGGUACGAAUACAUAUACAUAUAUACAUAUUCGAAUUAAGCAUACAUAUACAUAUAUACAUAUACAAUUACUGUGAUCGUAAUGACAUGGCUUGCAGUGCAAUCUUCUAUAAACGUUAUUCGCGACGAAAAACGAUACGAAAUAUUUUCUAUCGCAGCUAGAGAUUGGUGUAACGCAAUUAAUAGCUGCUACUGUUAACUGACCGGCGUCAGCAUCGAAAUUUUACCUGCUAGAUAAAUGGAGCGCUUUAAAAUGUUUAAAACGUUUGCUGAUUUUUUUAGCUAAGUCAAGUCAAGAUGAAUAAGAUUAUCAGUAAAACGAAAAAGUUACCCAAGAGUUACAAUUCUAGCUCGCAAUUCUAGAUGUUUAGCCAAAGACUUUAGCAAAGCUAAAAGUAAUACACGUUCGAUUAUUUACACUUUUCAGAAGACUCCGGUCUUUUAUUUGUACAAAGUUUUACGAGUGAUUCAAACGCGCUGAAUGUGCUCACUGCGAAUUUUUAUUUAUAUUAUGAAGAGACUUAUAUAAUAAUAUAUAUACAUA